GAUGUAAGUGAGCAUGAAGUUCAAGAUAAAGCUGAAGGGGAUGUGGGAGGAGAUGUGAGAGGAGAUGUGGGAGGGAAUGUGAUAGAAGGAAUGGUUGAAGAUGAAGUAGGAGUAGAAGUUGAGGAUAGGAGAGAUGAUGAUGUGCUUGAAUUAACAGAGAAGGUUUAUUCUUUUUUUGAUUCAGAUGAUGUUGAUUGGAUAGAGGGAGAGUCAAAAGAUGAGGAUAGAAAUGAUUCAACUGAUGAGGAUGAUGAUGAAAAAUCUGAGGAUGAAGGUAGUGAUGAACUGCUGAGUGAUAUGAACUCUAUGAAAUCAGUCGAUCCCUUGAGUAGUGAUGAGGAGCCCAAUU